AUGAAGGAACCUCGUGCAGAAAGCAGAACUGAUUGUCUUGCAAGAUUGUGUAUAUCUAGGUUGAAAGAUGGUCAAUAUGAAUUUGCCCAUGGAAUAGAUUUGGCUGAUGAUUCCGGUAUCAGGCCCAAUGCCACUUUUGAUUUGAUGGGCAUGCAAGUAGGUGGUAGCGAAAACCUAGGUUGCACCAGGGUAGAUCUUAAUAAUUACCUUCGAACCAAAUGUCAGCGUGAUCUAGCCUUCGGUGAAGCUGGGAGUUUGCUAGCAUAUUUUGAAAACCAGACAAGGAAGAACCCAUCAUUUACAUACUCUUUGCAACUGGAUAAUGGAGAACAGAUAACAAACAUAUUUUGGGCAGAUCCGAUGAUGCUCAAUGACUAUGCACUGUUUGGUGAUGUUGUUAUCUUUGACACUACAUUUUGCACAAACCUCUGCAAUAGGUUCUUCGCAGGGUUCAACAACAGUAGCUCGAUCAAGUUGAUCUAUCUCCAAGACAAGAAACAGCAUGGAGACCGUUUUCAGAAAGCUUGGACAAUGAAGAAUAGUGUUAUGAAAAAUAGCUUGUUUUGA